AUGAAGAGGACAUACUCCGACUAUUUGUCUGCAUCAGCAACAGCAGCAAUCUCCGCCAUGCAGGACUACGAGCAGACAGGAGCCCGGCCAAAGCCCACUGGCAGCCUCACGGACGCCGGCACCACACCUCUGUGGCACUCUUCACAGCUGAAUCCGACAGAGUCCGCUAUGCGAUCCACGCUUCCAUCUUCUGGCUACAUCAGCUCCAUGCCUACUCUCCCUCAGCGGCCGCCAUCUCCUGCUACGCCUCGUACGCACGCCAGCCACCCAAUGGCAAUCGACAACCUCGUCCACCCCGCGACUAUGUUCACGUCUGAGCCAUCUGCAGACAACUUCAUGCACCACAGUGGUUUUACGCCUGUCAAUCACUACAAGCUCGCCCGUCCACUCAAGGCUCCACUCAACACGGCGACCUACAGCUUCCAAACAGGUCGCAACAUGUUGGGCAUGACCAUCGACAUGAACCAGUUCGAUUCGUUCGAGAUUGAGCGAAACGGUGAGACCACACUGCAAGUCGAUGACAGCUUGACUUUCGACAGAGACGAUGGCCGAGUGUGGCAUCUAGGCAAUGUGGCCAACGAGUCGUACUCUGGCACUUUCACCAACGACGAUCCCGAAGAUUACGACAUCAAAGUCAGGCAUUUGGCGAACUGUAUCCGAGAAGAGCGCGAGCGACCUGAACGCCUGGCGGUCGCCGCGCAGCUCUUGAACGAGGUCCGCACUGUCAUCAGCACGACAGAGGUCAUCUCCAUCGAACGCACUAGUUUUGUCGAAGAGGGAGAGCCUGUGAUUUGCGAACGUCCUGGUUGUCAUCACCAGGCAGCACUGCCUGCAGACGCCUACUACGUCGACGUGGGCGGCAAGUUGACGUUCUGUCUUCGUUGCUUCGAGCUGUUGUGGGGAGGCAAGUUCACAGAACCACCAUCCGAGUCUGACCCGUUCAGACGAGACUCUGCUGUUGCUUUCAUGCCAGCGGACUUCGAUGGUCCAGCAGACUACUACCGUGAUGCCCCACGCAGAAGCGCACGACUCAAGUCAACAUCAAACACAACACAGCCCUCAGUAACCGCUUCCACACCAUCGCUGCAGCCAGACAACCAGAUGUUCCAAUCCCGAUGGGCCACCCAAGAAGACCAAACUCAGUGCCUCUCGCCAACGCAUACCCCAAACCGUCAACCGAAGCACACCGCCAACAACGUCCAAGUUGCCGACGAACCAAUGGAAAUCUCACCAAACUCCGUCAACUCCAACGGCGAAUGGUACCACAAGCCGACCGCAAUCCAACACAUCGCCCACCGCCUCAGCGCCGGCGCCACUCUUAGCGACAUCGACAAAGCCGCCUUCGCCGUCUGGCAAACAACAAGCCGAGCUCAGCUUCGAUGGGACCGCCACAUGCUGAAGACCACCAUGACGCGGGCGUACUAUGCCGAUUUGUCUCCAGAGGAUGAAGGCUUGCAGCUGGAGAAGCUCGACCUGGGCGAGGAGAUGGAAUGGGAGGAUUUGGAGGCGAUGGAGGCCAAGGUCAAGAUGCGCACGAAGGAUUGCUAUGGUAGGGAUCUGUCGCAUGUGCUGAAGGAGGCGGCGAGGAAUAAUGGGAAGGCUUAG